CAGGACUACGUUUCAAUCAACAUGACAACCUUAGGUUUAUCAAGCUCCGACGAAAACACACGCGCCGCACCGGCUUCCCCCUUGCUCUCGAAAGCUGAAAAUGCAUAGGCGAGCAUGCAACGCGUUAUGUCUCUCUCACCCUAUUUAAAUGGCUACCUCUCUACCUCCGCAUAGGUGGAAACGAAUCGAAACACGAUCCUAUAAAUGCAUAUAAAUAGAUGCCGGCCAGUUUUCAAGCCGCAGCCACAAAUUGGUGCUGGCCUUUGCGACGAUACGAAUUCGAGAAAAAGCGUCACGCAUGCAAAACGGAAGAAACACAGAGAGAAGUACCAAAUUCAGAGAGAGAAAAAGAAUGGUGAGACACGGAGAGAAAGGGAGAGACAGAUAGACAACUAAAUAGAGAUGGCUGGAUCGAAGAGAUACACGCAUAGAUAGAGGCAGAUGAACACAGCAGAUCGAUACAGAGAGAGAAUACGGCAGAAGUGGAUAAAAGCGAAGAUGUCGAACAAGGAAGAUUGACGGAGAUACGUAGCUCAGGGGCGAUAUAUAUAUAUAUAUAAUCUCGAUAUACAUAUACGAAUGUUCCUUCUGCCAGUGCGCAUACGUGUAGCGAAGCUUCGUCGCGGGUUGACCCACACAACAGUUUUUUCAGGUUCGUUUUUGUUCUGCUGUUUUUCGCUUUUUAUUCAGAAGAAACUGGAGAAUGCCUUGUCCCGGGAGAAGGAGGAGACGGUGAAGCUGAGGCAAAGGCUGGGCGAAACUCGGAAGAAGCUGGUGGUGUCGGAGGCGAGAAGAAAACAAGAGAGCUCCGGUUUCGCCGUGGAUUUGAAGUCUCUAAGGAGCCGCAUGAAGAGCUUGGAGGCGUGGAACGGAACUCUCGCGGCGAUCAUAGAAAGACAAGUUCGCCCUAUCCUCUCCAGCCGAGAGCGAGCCACCCUUCGACUUGAAUGGGAGGAGCUUCAAAGAGAGAUGCAUGCGAUGAAGACAACUCUAAAAAACAAUCACGGAGAGACACAAACAGGCAGACACUUCAGCUGUUCCUGUGCGCGUGACGAACAGUCGAGCCCUCAGCAAAAAGAAGCAACAAGGUCCUUUCGUGCUUCCGCAUUGGCCGAGGCUCAGCCAGUUCGACCUCCUUCACCCCCGCUGCCACCGCCUUUGUGUUCUUCUUCGUCUUCAUCUUCAUCUUCCUCUUCUUCAUCUUCCUCCUCUUCUUCAUCUUCCUCUCAUUCAUCUUCUUCUUCGUCUUCUUCCUCUACUUCCUCGUCCUCUUCUUCCUCUUCUUCCUCGUCCUCUCAUUCAUCUUCCUCUUCUUCUUCCCCUUCUUCGCUUCCUUCUUCGUCGUCUAGCUCCCCUUCUUCUGGUCCUGUGCGGGUGAAAUGCACUCCCGACAGUUCUCGUUUCGCUGGCACGAGGAGAGUUUCAAGACCUGUGGCACCUCCGUCGCAUCGGCGGUGCAUUUUCUUGAGGGCGAAGAAAGAUCGCAUGCAUUGUCUCUCUUCUUCGCUUCACUCUUCCUUCCCUUCGUGUCUUGCUUCUUGUCCUUCGUCUUCUGCUUCGCAGACGGUCUCGAAUUUCUCAGCGCCUCAAAGGCAAACGUCGGCCAAGAAUCUGCAGGCUCUGCUCCCUGAGUUCCCUCGGGUCUCGGACGCUUAUCUGUCAAAUACGAACGCUUCGUGUGCUCCUUCCUUGCCUUUUGCCUGUUCGCGAAAUGCAGCAAAAUGGAAUCUUGUCGGCUUCCCGUCCUUCUCAGAAGCUAUCUCUUCUCGGCGUUCAGCCCAGAGCGAUGCUACCGCCGCUCCUUUGCUGUCGAGCUCUGCUUCACAGCUGGCCAGAGCUCCUCUGCACUCUUUUCCAUCGACGUCUCUGUUCAACAUUUCCUCUGGUGGAGACUCGCUUCCUUCCUCUUUUCCUUCUUGGUCCCAGCCGACGCAUUUGUCCUCUGCUGUGUCUCCUGCCUGUCUCUCCUCUUCGCAAGCGCCUUCUCAACCUCAUCCUCCCUUCCUUUCAAACACCUAUGGAGUUCCUCUGUGUCACUGCAGCCUUGCGUCGCCUUCUCGUUCUCAACCUUCGAUUCCUUUCCCGGUCGCUUCUUCCCUCUCUCCGUUCACAAACGACCCAACCAUUUCGUCUUCUUCUUCCUGUUCUUCUGCUACUUCUUCUUCUUUUUCAUCUUCCUCUGCUCCUUCGUCUUCCUCUUCUGCGCCUUUCUUUUGUUCUUCAUCCUCAGGUUCAUCGCUUUCGUCUUCGUCGUGUUGUCUUCUUCCCUCUUCCGCCCCCCUUCCUCCUCCUUGCCUUGCUUUGACCUCUUCGUCUUCUCUGUCUCGUCCUUCUUUGUUGUCGUCUCGCCGUCUUCUUGUCCAGUCUCUCUCACCUGCGUCGUCCUCUUCCUGUUCUUCGUCCGUCUCCUAUUCCUCGCGAGUCUGCCCUCCGACUGUCCCGGCGCCCUUGCCUCCUCCUCCAGGCGACGGUUCCAUUUCUUGCCUGUCUGCCUGUCCUCGCCCAGAGCCUCUCUUGCAUCUUGAAUAUCCUCCAGGGGAGGACGAAACGACUGUUCCGCAGGGCGGCGUCCACCCCACAUCCCGGCGGACGCAAGGUCCUGAAACCUCUAUCCCUGGCGGCGACGGAGAGGAGACAGGAGACAUUUUUUCUCAAGCCCAAGCAAGGCCCGAAGAGCUUCGUAUCCCGCGCGCUUAUGGGCGCGAAAACGAGCUGGAUGGACUCCUCAGAUGCAUGGUUCCUGGGGGAGAUGUAUUGCCAAAGUUAUCCGCAGAAGAACAAGGAUUCUGCGCGCCUUGUCCCCGGUCUCCGACGACUCUGGAGAACGGACUUGAGCGAGCCGGGGAGACACGCGAGUUCGGAUGGAGUUCAACUCCUUGGAUACAUCAAAGGAAAGAAGAAGCAGAGAACCCAAAGGAGGAAAAACCUCACCAAGCUGCCUUUGAAAAAUCAUGUCUGCCGACAAGAGCGGAGAAACAGGAAGACGAGCUUACUUCUUUACCUUCCCUGUCUCCGUGCUCGCUGUGGGCAAAUCGGACGAGUCCACUGCAAGAAACAAGUCCCCCCGCCGUUCUUUCUGCUUCUUCAUCCUCAUCCAACGCUCUUCUCGUCUCUUCCUUCUGUCCUUCUUUCGCCUCUGCCUCCUUCCGCUCUUCGCCAUCGUUCCUCGGUUCUCCUCUCUCGCCUCUUCCACCUUUCUCGGUCUCAUCUGCUGAGCGUCGUCCCUCUUCUUCCCUGCGCGACAAAACAUGCUUUGCCUCUCCUUCGUUUUCCUCGCGACUCCUCUGCACAUAUCCGUCUUCGUCUUCUGUUCCUCCUGGUUCUGGGGAGACAACUCAAAGUUCUCUGACGGCCGAGGGAGAACUCGGCGAGUUCCGUCUGAACGCAAAGGAGGGGGAGAGACAGGCUCACGAGGAACGUCGACUGGCGCCUCAUCAGGACGGAACUGCGCGGAAGGGGAGGGCGCCGCCAGGCGCGGCCAGGUGGACCUACACCCCAGGGAGUUGGCGAGAUGAAGCGAGACCCGCGUUCGGCGACGGGGAUGGAAAAAGAGGAAUCCUUGGCCUUUCGGAGGGAAACGACGAUUCUAUAGGUCGCGAGACGCUGGAAAGAAAAGCAGAAGUGAACCGCCUGCUGCCGCUCUCAACGGGAGCAAAUGGCUGCAUGCGGAGAGAGGGAGAGGGAAGCGACGACACUCACGAAGCAAAAGAACGAACGACAGAAUGCGAAGAAGAGAAGCUCGAAGGCGUUGGCAGGCGGCAGGAGAAGAAAGAGAACGAGCCGACUCGAACUUGCAGCGUAUCGCUCCGCCCAGCGCUAAGGCGAACGGAGAGCACAAGACGUCUUCAGGGCGUUCCUUUUGCGCGCCAGCCACAGAUCGGAGAGCGAAGCGUCUCGCGACCUCGUGUUCCAUGAACGCCUGGAGUCGUCCCGGAUCGCUCCCGAAGCGCAAAAAAGCUGCGGCCGGCUCAAGAGAACACAGAUUGCCGCUGAAACCGAACAAAGGCGCAGGCCAUAGACAGAAGAAAAUGACAAAGAUAAAAACCUGUAAGACGGAAGAAGGGAAUCCCCAAAGAAGGGGGCACGACGGUCACCAAGGAUGCCGGAAAAACAGCGAGCGGACCGUCGAGGAGAGAAAAGAUGGUGUCUUGAGUGAGAUUCGGUGUCAAGCGCUUUGACGUUUCAGCGCACGAUCCUGCAGAUUCACAGCAAUCCUAAAAUCUCAUCACAAUUCGACAGAGAGCGUUCCCGACGCCUCGAACAAUGACAGGCCACGACGCAAACCGUCCAGGAAAGAAAAAUCACUUUCUGGACUUUCCACUUUUUUUCGAGCGUUGACUGCGAUUCAAUGAACUUUCUUCACUGCGGCUCCUUGCGCUUCUUCAACGAGGAGAAAAAUCUGCUCUUCGAAGAUUCCUCUUGUGGCGAAACGUGGCUGUGUGCUGUCUGUACACCGGACCGGCC